ACGCAAAGAGGGAAAAAAAGAGGAGGAUAGCUGUGGAGUUGACAUCUACUCGUAACUCUGCUGAUGGGGCAGUGCUACGGUAAGACGAUCCCCACCGGAGACAACGAUGGGCCCGCCACCACCAUCACCACCAUCGCCGCCGCCGCCGAAGAUCUCCCGGAGCAGACACCGCCCCGCAACGGCACACCGUCUGUAAAAAACACCCCGGCGAGAUCCUCCGCCAACAGCCCCUGGCCGAGCCCCUACCCGUCCGCCGCCGGAACUCCGGCUGGUGUGUCUCCUUCCACGGCGAGGUCGACGCCGAGGAGAUUUUUCAAGAAGCCGUUCCCACCUCCGUCGCCUGCCAAGCAUAUUAGGGCGUCGCUGAGGAAGUUGGGGCAGAGGAAGAAGCCUCCGAGAGAGGGCCCCAUACCGGAGGACGCGGACGCCGGUGAAUCCGAACAGCAGCAACAGCACGCGCUGGACAAGAAUUUUGGGUACAACAAGAAUUUCGGAGCCAAGUAUGAGCUGGGGAAAGAGGUGGGGAGAGGGCAUUUUGGUCACACUUGCUGUGCAAAAGGGAGAAAGGGGGAGCUCAAGGACAUACCUCUCGCCGUCAAGAUAAUCUCCAAAGCUCAGUUUGAAAAAAGAACAGGCCACCACGAAUGUGAUUCUGAUCUGGAUAUGUCAGAUGUAAAGUUGAUCAAAGAUCAUAAAUCUGAAGAAGAUUUCCGAUUACUUGAUCCAAAUCUCAUAGAUAUUUUUAGGUUUGGUUACCUGCAGUCUUACGAAACAGGUAGUUACUUGAUAAAAGCUAUGGUAUUCAUGAUGACAACUGCAAUAUCAAUUGAAGAUGUUCGCCGGGAAGUGAAAAUUUUGAAAGCCCUCUCAGGCCACAGACAUCUUGCCAGCUUUUAUGAUGCUUGUGAAGACAGCAAUAAUGUGUACAUAAUAAUGGAAUUGUGUGAAGGUGGAGAGCUGCUUGACAGAAUACUGGCAAAAGGUGGUAAAUAUUCUGAAGACGAAGCAAAACUUAUUAUCGUUCAAAUUCUUAGUGUUGUAUCAUUUUGUCAUCUUCAAGGUGUUGUCCACCGGGACUUAAAACCUGAGAAUUUUCUAUUCACUUCAAGAAGUGAAGAUGCUGAUCUGAAGCUUAUUGAUUUCGGUCUUUCUGACUUCAUCAGGACAGUUGGAUGUCUCAGCCUUUGUAUCAUCUCCCAUGUUUUGAUCCUUUCAGAUGAAAGAUUAAAUGAUAUUGUCGGAAGUGCUUAUUACGUUGCUCCCGAAGUUCUCCAUAGAUCUUACAGUGUGGAGGCUGAUAUUUGGAGUAUUGGCGUUAUCGCUUAUAUUUUGCUGUGUGGUAGCAGACCAUUCUGGGCUCGGACAGAGUCUGGAAUAUUUCGUGCUGUUUUGAGGGCUGACCCAAAUUUUGAGGACUUGCCCUGGCCAUCUGUUUCACUGGAAGCCAAGGACUUUGUGAGACGGCUUUUGAACAAGGACUACCGCAAAAGGAUGACUGCUGCUCAAGCUUUGACUCAUCCAUGGUUACGGAGUGAGAGCCAUCCUAUUCCACUAGACAUACUUGUCUAUAAGUUGGUGAAGUCAUAUCUACACGCUACUCCUUUCAAACGUGCUGCACUGAAGGCUCUCUCAAAAGCUCUGACUGAGGAUGAAUUGAUUUAUCUUAGAGCACAAUUCAUGCUUCUGGAGCCUAGUGAGGAUGGGCGAGUCUCUCUCGAGAACUUUAGAAAGAUUUCUGGUUCUUCUCAUUUGGCAUUAUCACUGAGAAAUAACAUACUUUUACCCAACACUCUUGAGUUAUGUGAUUUCCAGCUUCUAUUUGCAAACACUGCAGGAUUAUUACACUUUUCGAUUUUUCAGGCUCUUGCACGGAAUGCUACUGAUGCACUGAACAUGUCUAGGGUCCCGGACAUCCUAAAUUCGAUGGCACCAUUGUCUUUUAGAAGGAUGGAUUUGGAAGAGUUUUGUGCGGCUGCAAUAAGCACUUAUCAGCUGGAGGCCCUCGAAAAUUGGGAGCAAAUUGCGUCCACAGCUUUCGAGUUUUUUGAACAGGAGGGUAACAGAGCAAUAUCAGUGGAGGAAUUGGCUAGGGAGUUAAAUGUGGGGCCCAGUGCUCAUCCGAUGCUCAGGGAUUGGUUGAGGAGGGACGGGAAACUGAGUUUGGUUGGGUACACCAAAUUUUUGCAUGGAUUGACACUUCGUAGCUCAAACAUGAGGCAUCACUAGGUUUUACGCUUUCUUUUCUCUCUCGACUUUAUUGUUCUUUUUCUUUUUCUCCCUCAUUUCUUUUUCUUGCUUCCUUUUGGUCCCUGAUAUUUUAAUUUCACCAUGCCUUGGUAGCAAUUUAUAAUAUUUAUAUACAUUUGGAUGAACCUUAGGAAAAGAAUUUGAUGUACAAAAUCUGGUAUUUUGAGUUGAUUGGAAGGAUCUAAACUCGGGAAUCGUCUGCUUGACUCAUUUUUGGUGCUAGGUCCGAGACUUGUUUUUUUUGUUUUCUCCUUUUUUCACUAUACUGAAUAUUAUUGAACUACUCAUCUCAUUGUAAGGAGAAGGUAAAAAAAUGAAGUGUACGUCCUUGGAAUAUGUUGAUUGCUACUGUAUGUCCUGCCGUAUUGACAAUGAUAUUGUUUAAAGUAUGGAGUCUCUCUCUCUCUCUCUCUCU